UUAGCCUUAUGAUGUGGAAGUUUCUGUGUAUAGGUUUUUCUUACUUUGUCUUGUGUAAGAUUUUUUGAGAGAUAGGUGGUUUAGAUGUAAAUAUAUCAUAGCUGUUCCCCGCUGAUAUAAAACUUUUCCCGCUAAAUUCCAGAAAUAAAACAACAACGUUAACAUUACUAAACUACUUUAGCAAAUGCAAAAUUGAUCGUUUUCCUGUGGUCCUGCACAUAAUUGUUUAAAGAAGAGGAAGAAAACAGAAAAAGAAGAAACAAACAAAAAAACUCAACAGCUACUUUUUAAAUCUUAGUUUAAUGAUUUAAUAAAUAAAUUAAUCUAUAUCAUCAAGGACACUGUAUUGAUUGCCUUUUGUUUAGCGUCUGCAUGUUUAUACCCGUAUAUAGGAUAUUCUAUUCACUGCAUCCAACGUGUUAAGGUUAUUUUUCAUAAACAAGGUUAGAUAAUAUGCCGAUUGCAUUAAACCGUGUCGUCUUAAGUUACAUAUUUAAACUGUGAAUAUCAUUGUUAAACUUUAUCGUAUUUUGAAUAUUUUAUAAACAGUACAAAAAGUCAAUGUGUACAUUACUCAAAACAAGAUAAAACAGAUAGUGAACUACAUAGCGACAUUUUACUGAAUUUGAAGGACUACUUCCGCUUAUCGACACAUUUUUAUGAUGUAAACUGUGUUUAUAUUAUUGCAUUAGUAGACAAGCGAUACUUAUUAAUUGAAACUUCACAAAAGACCAUUUGUUCAUAGUUCAUAAUAUGAAUGACAAUAAAAAUUAAUUAGACAAUACAUUUAGUUUACAUUAUUGUACAUUUCUGGACGUUAUCCUGGAAAGAAGAUCGUGUUUUAUUUCACGCCUAUGAACCAUUCAUGGAUUAGCUACUGAAGUGACGAAUGAUAGAAUAUUACAAGAUGAUGGAAUUAGAACAACAAUUACUACGGGAUACAUACAUAGAAGAAGAUGUUCAGGGGUUUUGGGAAGGCCUAAAACAGAAACUGAAUGAAGAAUUACUUCAAGAGGAAACUGAAAGGGUUAAACAAUUUAUGAAAGACAAAAUUGAAACAGAAACAUUUGAAAGACUUGCGAUUGAAAAUCCUAGUGAUCUACUAAAUAUACUCGAAAAUAAUAUGCUAAUUGAGGAUGCCUUGUCCACAGUUGAGCACGUUUUUAAUAUAAUGGACCUUCAUCCUGAAUACAAAGAAAAAAGUUUUGGGCAAAUAAUCAGAGAUUAUAUGAUUGCAAGGAAAAGAUUUGGAUGCCCGAAUAUUAUUGGGCGAGAACAAGAAAUAUAUGAAGCCAUCAAGAGAUUGGACAGUUCAGGUUAUAAAGGUUUAUGGAUUCAUGGAAUUGGAGGCCUUGGAAAGACAGUACUAGCAAAUGAAAUAUGUGCAAGACUCUCCUAUUCACGUAACAGAACGUCAAGUAUUUCCUUUGAUCUUAAACAAGUGACGAGCAGUGGUGACUUUUUACGAAAACUUCUUGACAACUUCACAGUAUAUACAAUUCCAUCUGAAACAGAAAAUUUGACGAACGAACUUUUACAUCACCUUAAGUCAAUUUCAAAUGACACAUGUAUAUUACUGGAUAACAUAGAAGACGUUUAUCAGUCUGACAGAAAGGAAGUUCUGAAUAUUCUAAGAAGAUGCCUUGAUAGUCCAGCAUACAUGCCAAUUAAAUGGAUUGUGACAUCCAGAAUGGAAAUCGGAGCUGAAAUCAAGGGAAUGGAAGAAGUAGAACUGCUACCACUAGAGAGAAAAAGCGCGAUGACAUUAUUGAAGCUUUCACUUCGACCAAUUGAGUUAACAGAGAAAAAAUGCCAAACACUUCUUGACAUAACUGGGGAGAGUCCACUUGCCAUUCGGCUUUUGUCAUCUAAUGUGAAGUCAUUGGAGCUACAAAAUGUCUCUGACGACAUGCUGAAGUCAGUAUGCAAUGCACAACUGCAGAAUGAAAUGAAAGGAUGUAUUGAAUAUUCGUAUCAGUCUCUUAAAGAGACGGAGAAGCAACAACUUCGUUUGUUAUCUGUUGUGGAAACAUCCCAGUUCGAUACUGAAAUAGUAAAAGCUGUACUAGAAAUCAAAGAUGAAGAAGCACUUUUCUUGAUGAUGAAACUAACUAAUCGACACAUUAUUCAAAGAAUAUAUACCGGACAAAAGGAUAUACAAUAUUGCCUCCACCCUCUGAUAUUCGAAUAUUUACAUAAUCUUCUGAAGUAUGACCGAUUCUACAAGCAGGCUCAAAACAAUUUUUGUAAGCAUAUGCUUCAACGGAUUGAACCAUACAUAGCAAAUGUAGAUAGAAACUACGCGGAGGCAAUCUCGAAAAUUUUAACCAAUAAGCCGUUGUUGAAAGUUCUGUUUCACGUUCUUUCGAAUCGAGAGAAUUAUGAAAAUGAUUCACUUUCGGCAAAUGAAAAUAGAUAUCUGAGUAAGCUGCAAGAGAUUCUUCAAAUGACACACUUGGAAAAGCAGCAACUUUACAAAAAUAUUACUGAACAAAUGAAAUCUAAUGGUAGGCAACACCCAUUUGUGUUUUGGAAACUUGAAGAAAUACGGAUGAUGGUGGACUGUGAACAGUUUUCUGACGCAGAAGAAGAAAUUUCCACUCUUGAGAAAACAUUUUUUAAAAAGAAAAGUGAGGACGAUUCUAGUGUAGAUCUGAAAGGUCGUUUCUAUUACGUCAGCGGUCGACUUUACCGUUGUAAAAAGGACAAAGAACUUCAUAAAGCUAUCGAAUAUUUCAAAAACUCGCUGUAUAUCUAUCGGAAUAUACAAAAUGUCCCUGAGGCUGCGAUUGCUUUAAAUGCAAUUGGAAACGCUUACUUUGACUCGGGGGACUAUGACAGUGCGUUAGAUUAUCAUAACAAAGCAGCGAAUAGGUUACGAGAAUUUUCUUCCGGCAAAAUACAUCCAGAUAUAGCCGUGUAUGAAUUUAACGUUGGUACUAUAUAUCUCGCAAAGGCACGUCAAGAAAUUUCAAUUUACAAAUGUGUCACUGAAGAUGCAAGCAAAUACUUCAAACAAGCCCUUAAAAUAUUCGAAGAUUCUAUGGCUAAAGAUGUCCAAAUGGGAGCAGAUAGAAUGCCAAGAUAUGGUAAUAAGCUGUCUGAGAAAGCAAAGGCUUUAUUUUAUCUAAAACAAUUUAAAGCAGCAAUAAGUGAUAUGAAAAGAUCGCUUGAAAUCAAAAUAGCUCCGUUCAAAACACCUGAUCGGAAUAUAACACUAGCAUACUACAAUACAGGGAGGACAUUUCUACUUUGGCGUGAGGAAGUAAAAACUGAUGCAGAAAAUGCAAAACUGUUGUUGAAAGAAGCUGUACUUUGCUUCCGGCAUGCAGAGGAAGAAAUACGAUCUGACGGUAGAGCCAGUUUAACUGGAAGGGAUAAAUCCAGAUUUAUUUCAUUGUAUAAGCAGAUUGCAAAUGAAGUGAAGAAAGACGAAGCGAAAAUCAUAAAAUCGUUUUGUGAGUGUUUUGAAAGAGGUGUAACAUUUGAUUCAUCGUCAUCAUCAGAAUCUACCACCACCUCGGAAACAUCAAGUCCGUCAAGACAGGAACAUUCUGACACAGAUGAGGGUAUACAAAGUGAUGACAACAUCAAUGAUGGGGCGGCAGUCUCUUUCGGCGGGAUUUCAAGUGUAGAAACACAGAAAAAAGAGGCUAUGCAAUUCGAGCAAGAUUUUUUCUCUAAAAUAAACACACAGUUGACAGGUUCUGAAAUGAGAAAGAGGAGACGUUCUUCUUCUGUGUCAGAUUGAUAAAAUCGUUUUUUUUUUUUUGUUGUUGUUGUUUUUUUCUUAGUGAUUUUGAUAAAAAUAGUAACUGCAAAUGGGGAAAAUGGGAGAGAAAAUCAGAUUUUGUGAAAUAGCCUGGCGAUAGAGCUUGAUAUUGCUUCUUAAGUGUAUCAGUCAAACAUAUUAUUGUAAAAAGAACAUUUUGAACUAGUAUUCAUACAAGUACAACUUCUUUUAAUUUUGCGAGUUACUCUGUCAGUUUUGCUUUAAUAUUUUUUAUUAUAUAAUAUAUUUAGUUUUCAUCCUCCAGGUGAAUAUUUAUUUAUUUUACUUGUGCAGUAAGAACUUUAAGGAUUUAUUAAUUAUAUCUGUGCAAUAAGAAAUAUAAGGAUUCAACCAUAUUAAUUUUCAAACGGUUUAAACAAAUAUGUAUGAUCCCCCUACCCACCCCAGCUCAAUAAGUAAUGAACAGAAUGUAACCUAUAACCGGAAAUACAAAAUGAAAAACGGUUUUAAACCAGACAGUCAUUUGGAUUUUUGGAGUAUGUUUAAUCAUCUGGCCGAAUUGCACAAAGUUUGUUAAUUGUUCCGAUGUCAUAUUCUGAUCACAGAAGGUCAAGUGCGAUAGUGUGGGAAACGCAAUUCAAAUCCGAGUGAUUAGACAGAUUCUCUCUUCUCUGUAUGACGUACCAAGCAUUAUGGCUACUGUUGUAAUGACGCUACGUGUACUAAAAUUGUUAACACAAAAAACACCGUAACGUUACAUUGAACACUUUCAUGUGGUACGUGUUUGAAAUGUCAUGAAAUGAUUCUUGUUUACACAGAUUGAAUUCAUGUGCUUCGUUUACAUAAUACCAUAACAAAAUGUUUAAAAGGAGUAAGUAAAUAAUGUUGGAAGGGUAGUGACGCAGAAUCUGUAAAGCUCGUCUUUCAUUUUUUGUUUUUAGUUUUUUGUUUUGUUUUUUGUUUGUUUGGGGUUUUUUUGGAGGGGGGUGGUUGUUGGGUUUUUUUGUGGGUUUCUUUUGUGUUUUUUUUGUUUUGUUUUGUGUGAACUAUUUAUAAUUAAAAGUACAUAAUCAAA